GGGCGGAAGGGCUGGACCUGCUCCUGCGCAGAGCCGCUGCUGCGAUUGUGGUAGAAAACUAUCGCUUCUUGUCGCCAAACAGUGUGUGCCUUGUUAUUUGAGCGGACCGCCUCCUGAAUCGAACGAGAAAUAAGCAUCUCGCGCGAAUAAAUCGGAUAUACAAGGACUACCUAUCUGCACUGCUACAAUUUUCGGCUCUCCAGGCGGAGAGAAGGACAUCAUGGUCGGCAAAAAGUCUGGGAAGGCUCUCCUUCGGGAUGAGGGUCUCGAGCGGACAGACAACAACAUGGAGUUAUCGAGCUGGCCUCAGAUAGCAGCGAUCAACCAGAAGAACUACUAUACUGACUAUCUCAAACGCGAUGAUCAGUUCCUGGCGUUUCGCCUUCAAAACGAAGAAGCUAGGAACAAAAUGACCAAAACCGCAAAAGAUCGCGAUCGCGCGUUAGCAAUGGGGAAGACUGCGGACAUGGUUGAGGGCGAUAUGGAAAUGGACGGAGAUGCGAAUAUGGAGGAGGCUGAGGAGGUACAGGCUGAGACGGUCGGGUCAAAAGUCAUUGUGAUACACGUGGGGAGUCAAAAUCUGCGCAUCGGCCUGGCCAGCGAUGCCUUGCCCAAGACAAUACCAAUGGUUAUCGCAAGAAAGUCCCCGACUAGCGAAUCCGAAGACCGUGAACAGCCCAAUCCGAAGAGAGUGAAGUUGGAUGACGGGUCACCGACGGAGCCGGAGAAGAUGUUUGGCCCCGAGUUCUCUACCCAGUAUACGUCCAUGUGCUCGGAUCUCAAGGCCCACAUGAGGUUGAAUAAGAGGAGGACCCUUCCUAAUUCCAAGGAGAUGGUGAUCAAUUACAACCGGAGAACCGUCCCGGAAAACAUCCCAGAACACAACGAUCCCAUGCGUAUCGAUUGGACAGAAAUCCAAGACUCUGCCCCGGAGUACGUCGUUGGACAGCAAGCUCUACGGAUCCCGGACUCAUCGAAGCCUCGCUACAAGCUUUACUGGCCGAUCAAGCACGGUGUCCCUAACGAGAAGGAUUACAACAACAAGCGCCUCCUUUUUCUGGACAUGUCUCUGAUUUUUGAAGAUGCCAUCAUGAACCAAUUAGGACUAACCAGUAAGAAAGAAUGGUCACAAUUCUCGUGCGUCUUUGUCAUUCCCGAUCUCUACGAAAGGUCCUAUGUGACACAAGUCCUGGAAAUGCUUAUGAGAGAGUUCUCUUUCGCCCGAAGCUGCUUCAUCCAGGAGAGCUUGGCAGCGACUUUUGGUGCCGGCUUCACUUCCGCCUGUGUGGUCGACAUUGGCGCUCAGAAAACAUCCAUCUGCUGCGUCGAGGAAGGCAUGUGCAUCGAGAAUUCUCGAGUGAAUCUGAAAUACGGCGGUUAUGAUGUGACGGAAACUUUCAUCAAAAUGAUGCUCUAUGACCACUUCCCUUAUGCCGAGAUCAAUCUGUGGCGCCGAUACGACUUUCUCCUGGCAGAGGAGCUCAAGAAAAAUGUUUGCACGAUGAAUGAAGCGAGUGUUUCUGUACAAUUAUUUGAUUUUCACCUUCGCGUGGCCGGCCAAGACACGUGGAAGUACACGUUCAAGGCAUACGACGAGGUUCAUCUGGCUCCCAUGGGUUACUUCCAGCCUUCGAUUUUUGAUAACAUCGAGAAGCUGGAAGGUCGGAGGAAAUUGAUCUCGCGCUCGGUUGACAUUUACGACGGCCAACCGAACGACCCUGUUUCAGCAGCUCAAUCCGAGAUUUUGACCGAGAUCGCGCCUCUGCCUACAGUCAGUCAGCCGAACGGGGAGUCUCAGUCAAACAGUUUGGAUGUACAAGCAACUCCCAGCCGCUCACAGCAGGUGAACGCCCUUAGCCGUGUUCAGGAGCUGGACGCCACGCCUCACUCGUCAGUCGCCGGCUCCCCUGCUCCCGAGGUUGUUGGCACCCCCCAAGCGGGUGGGACUGGCACACCAAGCUUUGGCGGGCCAGGCCAAGGCGCAUCGACACGUGCGCCUGUAAUCGAAGACCGAGAUGACAUUUUGCCCGUAUUUCCUCUCGACAACGCAAUCUUGACGUCAAUCGCGCAUGCUGCACGCUCUGACGAGCGCAAAAUUCGAGACUUUAUGGGCGGUAUCAUGGUCGUCGGAGGAGGCAGCAUGAUCAACGGCCUCCAUCCCUUCCUCGAGGAGCGUCUCCAGCAGCUCCGGCCUGGUUUUGCAAAAGAAAUCAUGAUCGGAACGCCUCCUCGAGAAUUGGACCCCCAGGUCGUGGUUUGGAAAGGCGCCAGCGUCUUCGGCAAGCUGAACGCAACAAAUGACAGCUGGAUCGGACAACUCGAAUACGACAGACUGGGCCAUAGGCUAUUGGCAUACAAGUGCAUGUGGUCUUAUUGAAAGACGAAUGCCCUCUUCUUUUUCUGCUUGAUUUUCUGAUGUUUUCAACUAUUGGUUCUAUGAUAUCCUGGGCUUUGAGUAACAAUAUGGAGAGUUUGGCGAAUAUCACGGCUGUCGUAUGGUAGCAGACACAUAGGCAUUAAUUAGAGUCAAAUCUCUAAAUAAAAUGUCACACUUUUCAUACAUAUUUUCACAAUACAUUUGGAUCUGC